CAACCAUGAAGAGAUACUCCAAGAGCGUGGUGGUGCUGGCAGCCGUGUGGCUGGUGGUGGGGUCUACCGCCUCGCCGGUGCGGCGCUCUCCAGACCUGGAGGCUAGACGGAGGAGCGCCAUCGACCGCAGUAUGAUCAGGUUCGGCCGAUCGUACCCCCCAGAGCCAUCGGCAGCUGACAUCAGAGACACCCUCCCCCGCCCCUCGCGAAGAGGCAACAGCUUCCUCCGCUUCGGAAGAUCGCAGCCUCUCGCUCUAACAGCCGACGACCUGUUCACCCUCCUCAGAAACUACGACGAAGACUAUGACACCCCUGACAAGCGCUCCUCCAGCUUCCUCCGCUUCGGAAGAGGCCCCAGCUUCAUCAGGCUAGGCAGGUCUGCAGAAGACGACAAGGCCACCUACGAACAGACCUCUGAUUUGGUCGUCAGCGGAUACCCUCAGAGGAAAAGCAGAGCGCGUGACCACUUUAUCAGACUCGGCCGUGACAAUGAGGAGCUGGAUAAGGGUGAAAUGGAAGAAGAAGAAAGAAGGAAGCGCUCCGCAGAUGCGUACUGCCACGACUGUCAAGCGUAAUGUGAUUUUAUCUAUGGUCAGAAUUCCUGAGCAUUUUACUAGGAUCUAGUUCUGAUGAAGUGCUUGGAUUUCUAAGGCUGUUUUCCAUCUGUUCGACUUUUAUGGAUACAGCGUUGUCUAUGGAAAAUAACUUUUCGUAUUCUUAUACUCAUCUUCCUUUAAUCUGGGCUCAAAUCUGUUGCUUUUUGUAAAUCUAUUUUCCAUAGACGACCAAAUUCUUCCUCCCACAGUUUUCUAACGGCUAACGAUUCUAAAAUGAGGCUAAGUUUGUGGUGCAUUGAUAAAUGUAUAUGAAUUUUAAUCAUACGUACUAUAAAGUAUAUUUAAUUAUGUAUUUACUAUAAUAGAUGGAAAUGUUAAUUAUCUAAGAAUAUUUUUCUUCAGAGAUUCAAAAUAGAGUUAUUUCUAUUUUAAAGCAAAAUACGCUUAG